AUGAUCAUCUCCUCUGGGUUGUCGAUCAUGUCCUCUAGGCCAUCAUCGCCCCCAUUGGGUCACGCGACAAUCGUGGAGGCUCGAAAGCCCUCUACCAGAACAGUCGCACAUCGCAAAGUAUACGGCAAGCGACGAACCAAUGCAGCAAGGGCAGUGUUGGAAGAUAAUGGUCAAAUCGACCGUAGGGAGGGCUCUGGAGACGCCGAGGUGUCGGUCGAGACUCUUCAGGCGAAGCUUGCCAAAGUGACAAUCCACGAACAGCCAGCCCCAGAACGGCACGUCCGCCAGUCCGACAAGAAGGAAACCCCCACGCAACCUACGCGGAGAAAGACGGAAGCCUCUCCAACACAAUAUAAAGAGGAUAUCGUGUCCAAAAAAUCAACGGUUCUGUCCAAGUCCACCCGCGACUUCCCAUCCGCAGAUCAGCAGCGAAGACCGGAAGGUUACGACGUGAUGGUCGAAGUUCGAGUCUCGGAACAUGAGACAAGUACUAAAAGCGACGAGGUGAAACAGCAACAGCGAGACCGUUCCGCUGCUCACACAAACUCGCCGCGAAGGAAGAAGCCAUCAACGACUGGCCGAAGGAUAUCCGGGUUGGUUCACGAUACCAAAGUCAACGCUUACGUUCGUCCCAUUCUUAAGGAAGCUCUAUCCCCGAUUGCGUCUCAAGGUGUCCAAAAUUUCAGCUCCUGGGCGUCGCGCUCGGCCAAAAUGUUCGAUGUGGUCAAACUUGCCGAGGGCUCCUACGGUGAGGUCUACAAGCUCCAUCUGCGAGAUCAAGACUCUCGUCCACCCGUUUCCAAGUCAAAAUUAGCGAGACUUCGAGCCUAUGGGGAUGGCGUUUUCAAGGUCGUUCCGCUCUGCGCACCGCGAGGACCGGGCUCAAAGAAAUAUACGUCUGUUGAGGAGAUCGUGUCCGAGGUGAAGUUGUUAAAGUACCUGGACCCGAUCCCCGGAUUUGCACGAUUUAGGGAAAUUCACGUCGUUCAGGGUCGCUUUCCUGAUUUAUUUCAACGCGCAUGGGAUCAUUACAAGGAGACGAGUAAUGACUGCUGGAACCCCGAUCCUUCGAACAGGAGAGCCUUCCCUGAAACGCAGCUGUGGGCGAUCAUUGAGAUGGACGAUGCAGGACACGAACUUGAAAAGUUUUCGUGGUGUUCGAUUUUCCAAAUCUAUGAUAUUUUCUGGGGAGUGGCGAUGGCACUGGCGCGUGCUGAGGAGUAUGCGAUGUUUGAGCACCGCGAUCUCCAUCUGGGCAACGUGUGCAUUCGUUCCAAUCGAGCAGAUGGCAGUAUGGAUCCUCCCACCGAUCUUGAAGUAGUGCGGCAACGCUCGGCCAGUGGCUUCGGCUAUAGCUCUUUGGAAACAACAAUCAUCGACUACUCACUCUCCCGGGCUGACCUGCAAAUUUCAGAUCCUGCCAACAAUGUCGGAAGCAUGGUGGAGAUCGCCUCGUCUGACUUGGACAAAAGGCAAAUUUUCGACGCCGUUGGCGAGGAUGAGGAUGAAGUGCUCCUGAGAGAUACAUAUAGGUACAUGCGCAACACCAUGUAUACUGGUACCCCGCUAUCGACAGAGAAAGUCCCCGACGUGCCCGGUAUUUGGGCAGAGUAUGUGCCACGGACAAAUCUCGUCUGGCUUGUUUUCUUGCUCAAGAAUCUCCUGAAGAAUCGCCAGCCUGAAUCGGCUCAUGUGCCCGCCUUACAACAGCGAACAGCUCUGGCCCCUCGUUCUCUGAACCGGAGCCUUUCGAGUUCCGGAUCAACGGAGGCAGAGUCUGUGAAGAAAAAGACCGAGGCCAAGAGCGUCUCUAUCAAGGAAUCUCACUUGAAGGACGUGCAUGCUCGAGUCUUAAAACUCAAACAGACUCUUGAAAAAAGGCUGGAAAGUGUUCUUGAUCUGCUGGACCUCAAACACGGACACGACGACAUGUGUUGUGCUGCAGACUUGGUGGCCUACGCGAUGGACUCGAAAUGGUUAGUAGAGGAGGAUUUCUUUUGA